AUCUUUUCCUUUUCUCAGAGAAACUGUUAGCUUUAACUUGUGUUCCAAUGGAAGAAGAUUAUUUUUGGCUCCUUACCACAACAAAACUCAAAUUCUCUGUUAAUGGGAAAUGAACAUCACUCAUCCACAACAACAAGAACAAGAAGUAGAAGAAGAAGAAGGAGAAAAAGAAGACGAGAAGGCUAAUAAUGAAUGGAAAUUCAAACUCUCAACUGUUAUUUCUUCUCAGUCGUCAACUAGUAGCAGAGCAGCAUCCGACACGGUUGGCGUCCUCGAGUUCGACCCAUCAGAUCAGUUGUUAGCAACAGGAGGAAUCGCAAGAAAGAUUAGAAUUUAUAACAUAAGUUCUCUGCUGUUGGGAGAUACCACGUCUUUACGGAAACUUGAUCAUCUUACAGCGUGUGAGUAUUACAUUUGUACACCAGCUAAGCUAAGUAGUAUCCGGUGGAAGCCGAAUACGUCCGGGAGUGUAAUCGGGUCAGGAGAUUACGAUGGGGUCGUUACGGAGUAUAAUCUCGAAAAACGGGUGCCUGUUUUCGAGCGAGAUGAACAUGGAGGUCGCCGGAUAUGGAGUGUUGAUUACUCGCAUUGGGUUGGGGCGUCAGGCUCCGAUGAUGGAACUACACAGUUAUGGGAUACACGUUGCAGAGGUGAUGAAUGUGUGGCUGUUGUACAACCUAGUGUGGGUCGGAGCCCCGUUUGUUCUGUCGAAUUUGACCCGUUUGGUAGUGGGUUGAUCGCAAUGGGAUGUGCAGAUCGGAACGCAUACACAUACGAUGUCCGAAAGACUGACAAACCAGUUUCAGUGUUUGUUGGGCAUGAAAAAACAGUUUCUUACGUUAGAUUUCUGGGAGAACAUAUGAUGGUUACAGCAGGAACCGAUGGUUGUCUUAAGCUCUGGAACACGGUGAAUGCGCAUUCCAUGCGUACGUUUAAAGGGCACGUCAAUUACAGAAGCUUUGUCGGUUUAUCGGUGUGGAGAAACGGUGGGUUGAUCGGAUGUGGGUCUGAGAGCAAUGAAGUGUUUGUAUAUGAUAAGAGAUGGAGUGAACCUAUAUGGUUAGGCGGGUUGGAGGGGACGUUGGGACCCGAAUCAGAAGACAAGUUUGUCAGUGGUGUUUGUUGGAGACAACAAGUAAAGGAAGAUGAAUGCACACUUGUAGCUGGCGGAUCUGAUGGGGCUCUACAAGUUUAUUUGGGAAAAAAGAAGGCCUAGGAUAUCAUCAUCAUCAACUUCACUUGGUGAUUUCUCCCAUUUACCUGCGCUUUGAUUCAGAGGCGAAGUCAGGUAUGAGAAACUGGGGCAAUUGCCCCGACUUGUCCAAAAAAAUUAAUUUUAAUAUUUUUCCUUUGUAAACAUGGAAAUAAAGAAAGUUUUUGGUUUCUUCA